UUUAACUUUCGGUAACUCAAAUUAGAACUAAACAAUUGCACAUCUCGAAUGAGUAAUUAUGACUUGAAAAUAAUUGCGAUAACAUACCAAGCAUAGAUGGCGCAAAUAUUCUAUUUCAAUACGGUAUACUAAGGUUUUCCCGCGUGUUUAAAGGGAAUCGGUGAUCAUUGUGUACAUAUCUCGACAUAUGUAUAUCUUGUACAUAUUUCAUUACAUAUCUUGAUAUAUUAACAAUGGAGUUUACUUUGGCGGAUACUUAUAACAUGCUGAAAGACACGAGGACGGAACGAUUAUGGCAAAUAGAUGAAUUAGUGCUCAAAUCUUCUGAAAUGAAUGCAUCAAGUUCCAGUCAGUACAAUAAUGUAGACGAAAUCCCAAAGAAGCAGUCCAAAAUGUGCAUUAGUUUGCUUAAUGAAAUUGCUCAAGAAGAACCAAAGGAUUAUCCUUUACCUAAGUCGUCGCAUAUAGAAGAGGAUGUCAUGAGUUGCUUGAGGGACGAAAUUAAAAACACUCUAAAUCUGCAGGAAAACAUGAAAGACUGCUUGUCAGAGAUCCAGCAAGACAUAGCAUAUUUACAAGACAAAAAAAUAGGGCUGAAGAACAUGGAAAGUGUUUACAUAGAACAGGCUGAGCAUGCAGGGACUACAACAUACAGUGCAGAAGAAGCUAUAACUAAAAAUAUAUUCCAUGAAGUGAAACAGGAUUUGGACGACGUGGUCGACAUCCUGUUCCCAGAAAAUCAAGAAAUCAGACAGUUUCUUUCGCUUCUCACGAUUUCGUACACAAAAGGAGGAGACGACGUUUACGUCGACAUGACACCCGACGUCAUCGACUUCGCAAAUUUUUUGAUCGAAGCGGACAUCGCUACUAAACACAGGAAUGAUAGCAAUAAGAUCAGAUUGAUGGACAUGUUAUAAAUGUUCUAUGUCGGGCUUCGAAACAUAGAAACUUAAAUAUAAAAAUACAAAUUUUGUACUUUGAAGUUUCACCACAUAAACGGUGCUCUUUCUCUUAAUACUCUAA